GAAUUACUUUUAAAAAAUAUUUUUAAAGAUUUUUAAUUUAUGGGAAAGAAGGAAAAAGGAAAGCCUAAUCCAUUAGGAGAAGUAAGCAGAGAUUACACCAUCAAUCUCCAUAAAGCAGUUCAUAAAGAAACAUUUAAAAGAAAGGCACCUAGAGCAGUUAGUCACAUUAUUAGAUUUGGUAUUAAAUGAUGCACUAUUUUAGCUUAAAAAAACAUGUUAACUGAUGAUGUCAGAAUUGAUCCAUAAUUAAAUGAAGCAGUUUGGGCAAGAGGAAUUCGUAAUUUGCCUAGAAGAAUAAGAGUAAGAUUAUAAAGAAAGAAGAAGGAAGAAGAUGAUGGAAAAGGUAAGUACUAUACACUUGCUCAAUAUGUUCCAGUUGAUUCAUUUGAUAACCUUAAGACUGAAAUUACAAAAUAAUAAUGAUAUAUUAUAUG